CAAAAGAUGGUUUCAGAGAUCAAGGUUGAAGUCAUUCACAAGGAAACAAUUGAACCAUCCUAUCCAACUCCUCACCACCUUAAAAAAAUCAACCUCUCUGUUUUUGAUCAGUUUCAACCCGAAAUUUAUACCCCACUACUUCUCUUCUAUCCCAGUACUAGUGAUGAGGGCAAUAUUGAUCACAAAUCUUUGUUUGCUGAAAAAUCCAAGCUUCUAAAGAGAUCAUUAUCUGAGGCCCUCACUCAUUUUUACCCCUUUGCAGGGGAAUUCGUAUAUAAUGCCUCGAUCACCUGCAAUGACCACGGUGCUGCAUUUCUUGACGCGCAAGUCAACUGUCCCAUAUCAAAGAUUUUGGAGAAACCUGAUUUUGAGGUCCUAAAUCAAUUUCUUCCAACUGCUAUAGAAUCCAAACAAGCCGAAGCAGGGUAUAUUCUACUAGUUCAGGCCAGCUUGUUUGAAUGUGGUGGAUUGGCAAUUGGAGUCAGCAUUCUACAUAAGGUCGCCGAUGCCUCUACCCUCAGCGCAUUCAUCAAAAGAUGGGCUGCAAUUGCACUUGGCUCGGCAAGUACUACUGAUCAUGUAGAAUUUGGUGUUGCAUCUUCUCUUUUCCCUCCCCUGGAUUUCUUCAGCUCACCCCAGUUUUCAAUAAUACUUUCUAACAAAAACUGUAUAACAAAGAGAUUUGUAUUUGAUGCCUCAAAGAUUGCUGCUCUCAAAUCCAAGGCUGCCACCACAGUGCCAAACCCCACAAGGGUUGAAGUAGUGUCUGCGCUCAUUUGGAAAUGCAUAAUACAAGCAUCCAGAUCAAAGUUCGGUGUUAUAAAGCCAUCUAUGUGUUGGAAAAAGGGCUCACAUUAA